AGCCUCUCCGACUCCUCCCAGGAAGUCCCAGCUGCAGAUGAAGCAUUUCAGAGGCAGGGAGAGGGCGGCAUGUUUGCAAACGCAGCCUGGGCGGUUGUGCCAGACUUUCGCAGCGUAAGGCAGUGUGGCCCAGCUUGAUGUCCGUGCCCACAGGAGUGAGACAGCAGGAGCCGUGGCAUGCUCAGGAGAGCCGGACCGUCUCUGCGUCAGUUCUUGCUGGAGGGGAAGAGCAGCGCUGGAUAUAGCUCGUACUCCAGUGAGGCAAAGAUGUCAAGGCCAGUGCAAGCUCGGAGGCUGGAGGGAACAGAUAAGAAUAUCUGGGUGGAAUUUGUAAAACUGGCUGCCACCUACUCCAAGGUGAACCUGGGCCAGGGCUUUCCUGACUUCCCCCCACCAGACUUUCUGAAGGAGUCAUUCGUGAGAGCCCUCAGCGGGGAGAACCACAUGCUGCACCAGUACACCCGUGCCUUUGGCCACCCACCUCUGGUGAAGAUCCUAGCCCAGUUUUUUGGGAAGCUGCUUGGACGAGACUUGGAUCCUAUGACCAAUGUGAUGGUGACUGUGGGCGCAUACCAGGCUCUCUUCUGCUGCUUCCAGGCUCUCGUUGAUGAAGGCGAUGAGGUGAUAAUCAUUGAGCCCUUCUUUGACUGCUAUGAGCCGAUGGUGAAAAUGGCUGGUGGGAUGCCUGUGUUUGUCCCGCUGAGACCGAAAGCUCCAAAAGAUGGCAAAUUGAUGUCUAGUGCAGACUGGCAGCUGGACCCAGCUGAACUGGCUUCUAAAUUCAGUGAACGGACAAAAGCCAUCGUCCUGAACUCACCCAACAACCCUCUGGGCAAGGUAUUCAGCCGAGAGGAGCUGGAGCUCAUUGCAGACCUGUGUGUGAAGCAUGACGUCCUGUGCCUCAGCGAUGAAGUGUACGAGUGGCUGGUCUACGAUGGGAAGGAGCACAUCCGCAUCGCCAGCUUGCGAGGCAUGUGGGACCGCACGGUGAUCAUUGGGAGUGCUGGAAAAACUUUCAGUGCCACUGGAUGGAAGGUGGGCUGGACCGUGGGACCCAACCGGCUGCUGCAGCACCUCCGUACCGUGCACCAAAACUCAGUGUACCACUGUGCCACCGUUGCCCAGGAAGCCGUGGCUCAGGGUUUCCAGAGGGAGCUCGAGCUCUAUGGGAAACCAGACAGCUACUUUGUCCAACUGCCCAAGGAGCUGCAGCAGAAGCGAGACUGGCUGGUCCAGAGCCUGGAUGCUGUGGGGAUGAAACCCAUCAUCCCCGAGGGCACCUACUUCUUGGUGGCAGACAUCUCCAAGUUCAAAUCCGACGUCCCUGAUGUCCCCGACUCUGAUGAGCCGUACGACUCCAGAUUUGCAAAGUGGAUGGUCAAGAAUAAGGGACUUGCUGCCAUCCCGCUCUCCGCUUUCUACUCUGGGGCCCACAAGAACAACUACAACCAUUUCAUCCGGUUCUGCUUCGCAAAGGAGGAAGCUACACUGAAGGCAGCAAAUGACAUUUUGCAAAAAUGGAAACAGGAGAAAACCAAUGAAUUACUGCAAUUAUUGAAGAAUAAAUGUCUCUCUAAUGAUUACAGGGCUGAUGUAGCUCUCCUGGAGAGCUGCCCUCACGCAUGCAGCACCUGCACAGUCCCGCAGCGGUGGCUGCUCACCCCACCCAGGCCGGGGCGGGCCGGGGAGCGCACGCGGAAGAUGGCGGACGGCGGCGCGGCCAAGCGGCUCAAGGGGGUGCAGGUUGAGGAGAGGAAGGUAGACUGGCGGCGCUGGAAGCAGGAGAGGAAAGCGGAGAAGAAAAAAUGGAAGGAAAUGAAGCUACUGAAGAAACUGGAAAAACAGCGGAUGCGGGAGCUGGCAGAAAAACAAGCUGAGAAGCAGGAGGAGCAGAAGGAAGACAAAGGGCGUCACUACACGCUGAGUGUGGCCCUGCCAGGCUCCAUCUUGAACAACGCUCAGUCACUGGAGCUGCGGACGUACCUCGCUGGACAGAUUGCUCGGGCCUGUGCCAUCUUCUGCGUGGACGAGAUCAUAGUGUUUGACGAGCAUGGAGAAGAUGUAAAGACUGUGGAGGGGGACUUCGAAGGAAUUGGGAGGAAAGGCAAGGCUUGCGUGCAGCUGGCUCGGAUCCUGCAGUACUUGGAGUGCCCUCAGUACUUGAGGAAAUCCUUUUUUCCGAAACAUGAGGAUCUGCAGUUUGCAGGGCUCCUCAACCCCCUGGACAGCCCUCACCACAUGCGGGUGGAUGAGGAUUCAGAGUACCGAGAAGGCGUAGUGUUGGACCGGCCAACUAAGCCAGGCAGAGGCUCUUUUGUUAACUGCGGGAUGAGGAAGGAGGUGCAGAUUGACAAACAGCUGAACGCCGGUCUGCGAGUCACUGUGCGCCUGGAGGAACCCCAGAAGCCAGAAGCUAAAGUGCGGAAAGGUGUUGUGGUGUCCUCACACCACCCUCGGACAGUCUCAGGCUUGUACUGGGGUUACAGCGUCCGCCUCGCCUCCUGCCUCAGUGCUGUCUUUUCAGAGUGCCCAUUCAAGGAAGGCUACGAUCUCUCUAUUGGGACCUCAGAGCGGGGCAGCUCCGUGGACCAGGCCACUCUCCCCUCCUUCAGGCAUGCCCUUGUUGUGUUUGGAGGUCUUGAGGGCUUGGAAGCUGGACUUGAUGUGGACCCAAAGCUGGAGGUCACCGACCCAAGCGUCUUGUUUGACUUCUACCUGAACACUUGUCCCAGCCAAGGCAGCAGAACUAUCCGGACAGAGGAGGCGCUGCUGAUCUCUCUGUCUGCGCUGAGACCCCACAUUGAUGAGGCCGUGAAGACACCCAGCGACAGCUGAGGGAAGGAAAGCCACUGACCUUGCCAUCAGCUGAGGACUGCCUCAGGCAAGCGGCUGUUCAAACGCAGGCUGCUGGGCAAGUCACUCCAAGAGCCUGGCGGGGCCACGACACAGCGUGACUAAAGCUGGCAUCGCUGCUUGAGCAAGUGUCUGGCUGCUGCUGGGACCAGCAAGUCUGCGCCCUCCUGCCUGCGUGGUGCAGCCAAGGGCUGGUUGCUGCCUCAGCAGCUGGGACAAGCCUCACAGCAGACUGUGUCCCAGGAAUUCCCCCCUGGGCGGGGAAUAAAGCAGUAUGGAACCUCAGCUGCCUUGAAGUCCAUAUGCAAGUGUCUUGGUGUAGAGGACGGGCACUCUGUGUCCAGAGACCAGGCAUGCUUGGUGCCUUGUGGUCUUCAGACAUAAAGGAGCAAUGUGGUCUUCAGACGCACAGGAAGUUGAAACUUAAUCUUUAUGCCAAGAAGCUGUUCCUGACUUCCCCCAGCCCCCCCUUCAACUCCAAGGCUUCAUCCUUCCCAACAGCAGGAAGAGCUGGAGUUUCAGUUGAGCCUCAUCACUAAAGCAAAUCACCAUAGCUCGUUACAGUUUGGCUUCAUCUGUGAUGCCUUAAGCUCUGCCUACAGUGAG